CUACUCGAACUCAUCCACUUCACUGCUCGAAGCUCUGCGAACUCCAUCAUCCAUGGCUGCCUUCUCCUUCUCCUCUUCGCUCCUUCCUUCAUCAGUUUCUUUCGAUCAUGGCUCCUCUUCCUUCUUCCCCAUCCUUCUUUCACCUUCUUUCGACUCCAAUUCUCGCGCUGUUCGCUGUACAUUUGCAGCCCCCGCUAGAAAAUCGCCUCCUCCUCCUUCUUCUUCUUCUUCUUCCUCACCGGAUAAGAAGAGGCACUGGAAGCAAGGGGAAUUUCCAGGUAUUACGGAGACAUCCGCCCCCAGGAUGAACCCCGCUAGAAAAUCACCUCCUCCUUCUUCUUCCUCGCCGGUUAAGAAGAAGCAUUGGAAACAAGGGGAAUUUCCAGGCGUUACAGAGACAUUCGACGCCAGAAAGACCCCUCUCAAGAAUGUCAAGAAGAAAUUAGAUCGCAAAAUGAACGCCAAGGCUUGGGCUAACACCGUUACUGAAGCCUUGUCGGAACAUAUCACGAACAAACGGUGGAUUCAAGCUCUUGAGGUGUUUGAAAUGCUCCGCAAACAGCCAUUUUAUGAACCAAAAGAAGGAACUUACAUGAAGCUGCUUGUUCUACUUGGAAGAUCUGGCCAACCACAGCGUGCCCGUCUGCUUUUUGACACAAUGGUGGAAGAAAAAUGUGAACCCACCACUGAACUUUACACUGCUUUGCUUGCUGCUUAUUGUCGUAACAAUCUCAUUGAUGAUGCAUUUUCCCUUCUUAAUCUCAUGAAAACCCUCCCUUGCUGCCAGCCUGAUAUCUACACUUAUAGUAUAUUAAUCAAGGCUUGUGUCGAUUCUUCUCGCUUUGAAUUAGUUGAAUCUUUGUACGAGGAAAUGGCCGAACGAUUGAUAACUCCGAACACGGUUACUCAGAAUAUAGUCUUAAGUGGGUAUGGAAAGAUAGGGAAGUAUGACCAAAUGGAGAAAGUUCUUUUAGGAAUGCUUGAGAGCACAACUUGUCGACCAGAUGUAUGGACAAUGAACAUAAUUCUUAGUGUGUUUGGUAACAAGGGUCAGAUUGAAAUGAUGGAAAGAUGGUAUGAGAAGUUUCGUAACUUCGGUAUCGAGCCAGAAACGCGUACAUUCAAUAUAUUGAUCGGUGCUUACGGGAAGAAAAGGAUGUAUGAUAAAAUGUCUUCUGUGAUGGAGUAUAUGCGCAAACUGCAGUUUCCUUGGACGACCUCAACAUACAACAACGUUAUUGAAGCUUUUGCAGAUGUGGGAGAUGCAAAGAAUAUGGAGUACACCUUCACGCAGAUGCGUGCUGAGGGCAUGAAAGCAGACACCAAGACAUUCUGUUGCCUUAUAAAUGGAUAUUCCAAUGCAGGUCUCUUCCAUAAGGUGAUUGGCUCAGUUAAGUUGGCAGGAAAGUGUGAAAUUCCAGAGAAUACCUCAUUUUAUAAUGCUGUUAUAUCUGCUUGUGCAAAGGCUGAGGAUCUGAUGGAAAUGGAUAGAGUGUUUAAGCGAAUGAAAGAUAAACAUUGUCAGCCAGAUAGCAAAACAUAUUCUAUCAUGAUAGAAGCAUAUGAAAAGGAGGCCAUGAAUGACAGAGUUCAUUACUUGGAACUAGAAAGGAAGCAGGUGAUCGAUCACGCUCCUACUAACGAGUGACUCGGAAAUGGAAUAGAGUGAAAAAUUGGUGCACGUUUGAGAAGUUGGGCGCUACACCAUGCCUGUUCCACCAAGGGCUCUUGCUACAUUGGAUACUUCUGAGAAAAUCAAAUCCGCGCUUCCAGCCCUUCCAGUUCUGUGCCAAGUGUUUCACGCUAUGAUCAUGUGAAAUGAUAUGAACCAAGGCAUCUCACGUUAACAAGAAUCAAGUUUCAUUUAUUCAACAAAGGUUAAGGGUUGGAAUAUCUCACGGAAGGUUAAGGGUUUUCAUUUAGAGGCUAUAUAAAGUCAUGUACCUUAUCUUUGUAAGAGAGACUUGGAAAAUGUAGUAAAAUGAGCAAUUUGUGCUUU